UGGAAAUUGGGAGAUAACAGGAGGACGAUAAUGUGAUAUGUGUUUGUCAUUAGAUCAGAAACAGUAUUGCUAACUUUUGAGGAUAGCUCAGUUCCGAUAUAGUUGUUCAUCAGCGAUAGUGGAAGUGUUGGACUUGCAUGUUUGCAAUGGUUACUGAUCUAGAUUUAAUUAGGACUAUUACUGAAGAAGAUGAGGUCCCAGGAGAUUCCGAAUCCGGAGAAGAAGAGGAGGAGCAGCCAAUCUUGCUUGGGAAAAAGAAGAAGCUUCUGAAAGGCCGCAGUGCAGAGUUCAGUGUUGACUUCGUCUUUGCCGAGAAGGAUGCAGAUUACAGCAGUGACUGGGCUAUGGCGGAUGUAAUGAAACAGCUUAAAAAGAAGAAACCACCCACAACUCUGGAUGAAAAGAUUGAAAAAGUGAGGAAGAAGCGAAAAAGUGAGGAAAAGUCAGCCAGAGAAGCCAAGAAAAUCAAAGCUGAAUCUGUAGUGGAAGAUGGAGAUCAGGAAGAGGAGGAUAAAGACAUUCCUGAUGAGGAUGGUGAUGAGCAGGAGGAGGAAAAAAAUGAGGAAGAGAGGGACUCUGAUUUGGAGGAAGAGGAGGAGGAAGAUUCGGAAUCUGAGUUGUCCUCUGGUGAAGAGAAUAUCUUAACUAAAGAAGAUACCCUGAAAGUCAAAGCAAAAAAGAAGCGAAAAAAAACAGGUUUAAUGGAGGAACCUGAAGCAUUUUUUGAAGAUGCGUCCCAUUUUGAUGAUAAACUCACAUUCCAGGAUAUGAAUCUGUCCAGACCACUGCUAAAGGCAGUUACAGCCAUGGGUUUUAAAGAGCCAACCCCCGUUCAGAAGGCCUGUAUCCCCAUUGGACUACUAGGAAAGGAUAUAUGUGCCUGUGCUGCUACAGGAACAGGUAAAACUGCAGCAUUUAUGCUACCAGUUUUGGAGCGCUUGAUUUAUAAACCUCGCCAGGCACCUGUGACACGAGUACUGGUUCUGGUGCCAACCCGAGAAUUGGGUAUCCAGGUGCAUACUGUUACCAAAGAGCUGGCUCAGUUCAGUAAUGUUACUACCAGCCUGGCUGUCGGUGGACUGGAUAUAAAGACACAAGAGGCAGCACUUCGAGCAGGGCCUGACAUUCUCAUUGCCACACCAGGCCGUUUAAUCGAUCACUUACACAACUGUCCUUCUUUCGACUUAAGCAGCAUUGAAGUUCUUAUAUUAGAUGAAGCAGACAGGAUGUUGGAUGAGUACUUUGAGGAACAGAUGAAAGAGAUUAUCCGUCAAUGUGCAUAUCAGAGACAGACCAUGUUGUUCUCUGCCACCAUGACAGAUGAGGUGAAGGAUUUGGCAGCUGUUUCUCUGAAGAACCCUGUGCGGAUCUUUGUAAACAGCAACACAGAUGUUGCUCCAUACUUGAGACAGGAAUUUGUCCGUAUUCGUCCAAACAGAGAAGGGGAUAGAGAAGCUAUUGUAACAGCACUUCUAACUCGUACCUUCUGUGAUCAUGUGAUGCUGUUCACACAGACCAAAAAACAGGCUCACCGCAUGCACAUCCUCCUGGGACUGAUGGGGCUGAAAGUUGGUGAACUCCAUGGCAACCUUUCUCAAACUCAGCGUCUCGAGGCACUGAGGCGUUUCAAAGAUGAGCAGAUUGAUAUUCUUGUUGCUACUGAUGUUGCAGCCCGAGGUCUUGAUAUUGAGGGUGUGAAAACUGUAAUAAACUUCACAAUGCCUAAUACAGUAAAGCACUAUGUCCAUAGAGUUGGUCGAACAGCUCGGGCUGGCCGUAGUGGACGCUCAGUCUCACUAGUUGGAGAGCAGGAACGAAAAAUGCUUAAAGAAAUUGUGAAGACAGCUAAGUCAACAGUGAAAGCCAGAGUAAUUCCACAAGAUGUAGUCUUGAAGUUCAGAGACAAGAUCGAGAAACUGGAGAAGGACAUCUAUGCCGUGUUGCAGCUGGAGGCUGAAGAAAAAGAAUUACAGAAAUCAGAAGCCCAGAUAAGCAAGGCACAGAAAAGACUAGGCCAGACAGACAAUGAUGAAAUGGAAGAAAAUCGGCCAGCAAGAAGCUGGUUCCAAACCAAGGAGGAACGCAAGAAGGAAAGAGUUGCCAAAGCACUUGAGGAGUUUGACUUGGCUGUUAGAGGAAAGAAAAAGAGGAAGAAAUUCAUGGAACAGGUGAAAAAGAAGGGACAGAUGACAGCUGAAGAAAGGAGUCAGUUUGAAAUUCUUAAAGCACAGAUGUAUACAGAAAGAAUGGCCAAGCGGAACCGAAGACCAAAGAGAGCUCGAGCAAUGCCUGAAGAGGAGCCAGAACACCCAGGAAAGAAGAUCAAGCAGCAUAAACCAAAGACAUCUACAGUCUUUGAUGCAGAGCUGACAAACAUAAGCAAGAAGGCCUUGAAGAAAUACAGAGCUGGCCCAUCAUUUGAGGACAGGAAGCGGUUAGGAAUGAAGACCCAUAAAAAAGGAGGUCGCUUCAAGUCUAAAUCAAGGUACAAGAGGAAGUAACGGUCUCACAACCACCUCUGUGAAGAGUAGAAAUGUUUCUUGGGACACCUUAUCGGAAAAAAGUGUUUGAUAUGAUCAGUUUGGACUAUAGUGUGGGCUGUGAAAAUGCCAGCAGUUUUACCUCUGUCAAGCAGCUGCCUUGGAAGAGACCCUUAAUCUGCCUUUUAAAAUGAUGAGCCAUUUGGAUUGUCCAUCUGGAGCAAAUUGUUAAUGUGUAUAUACACCAGAAGUUUGUUUGUAAAUAAAGUACAUACAAUUACUUAUACUGUUUUAUACUGUGGUACAUGAAAAUGUAGUCUGGAUCUUAAUUGCUGUAGCAAGGGAGACAAUCUUAGGAACAGUCACAUCCCAACAAGACUGAAAAUUGCUUUCUAAGAAAAUAAACGUUUUUCUUGGA